GCCAAUAAACAAUGAAAAGAAAACCCCAGCAAGCCAAACCCACAUACCUUCCUUCCAAGACAUCCAAGGCACCCAUCACAGCAAGCACAAGCAGUAGUAUAACCCAAGAAUUCUCUCUCGCUCUCUCAGAAACCUUUCAAUCUUUGCACGAAGAGAGGGUCCAGUUCCAAUCCAAAGAGCACCCAGAAAGGCGAAGAAAUGACGGACACGGAUGGGUCCUCAAAACCCCCACAAAUCUCUGAAAUGUUCCAAAAAUUCGCCCAGGCUUUCAAGUCCAAGACCUUCGAGUUCUUCGCCGACAUCGAAGCUGUUGAAGACUCCGAUGGCUUUUACAUCCUUGACUCCGCCGAAGAAGUCAUCACCGACCAGAAGGUCGUGGUCAUCAAACCGGACCCAAUUCACGGUACCCCUCUGCCCGCACAACCAUCACCAUCACCAGUACCAGCACCGCCACCGUCAGUGAUAGCAAGGCCGUUGGGGCGGACCCAGAGCAAAACCAUCAAUACCCAGAUGGCCCAGACCCUGAUUUCUUCGAUUUUCGCUAGCAUUUCCUCGUUUGAAGCUUCGUACUUUCAGUUACAGGCUGCCCACGUUCCGUUUGUGGAGGAAAGUGUGAAGGAGGCGGAUAGAGCUUUGGUCUCACACCUUCAAAGGUUGUCCGAGUUCAAGCAAUUCUAUAAGGAUUGCUGUAGAAACUCUGAUUUUGGUUCUGAUUUGCCAAUUGGGUCUUGCUUGGAAGCUCAGGUGCAAGAGAAUCAGAGCAAGCUGCGCACACUCGGGACCGUCUCAAACCGGUUACAGUUGGAGAUUGAUCAGAAAGACAACGAGGUUUUGGCUUUGAGGAAGACGUUGGGUGAGAUUCAGAAGUCCAAUUUGAAGUUGGCGAAGAGGUUAUCGGGUAAUUUGAAUUCAUGUUGUGAGGUUUUGUUCACUGUUAGAGUAUUUGAUUCUGUUUUACAUGAUGCUUGUAGAGCAACACAUAGGUUUACUAAGACUUUGAUUGAAUUGAUGAGAAAAGCUAUGUGGGAUUUGGAUUUGGCUGCCAAUUCUGUAUAUUCGGAUAUUGAGUAUGCAAAGAAAGAACAUAAUCGGUAUGCUUUUUUGUCAUAUGUUUGUUUGUUGAUGUUUAGAGGAUUUGAUUUAGAGGGGUUUGGAGUGGGUGAGAAGGAAUUUGUGUCUAAUGGGCAUUUUUCGAACUCAGAAGAGCAUCUUACUUCUUUGAAGCAAUUACUCGAGCACGUAUCUAGCAAUCCUAUGGAGUUGCUAAGUAUGAAUCGGAACUGUGAAUUUUCAAAAUUUUGUGAGAAUAAGUAUCAGGAGCUUAUCCAUCCUACCAUGGAAUCAUCGAUUUUCAGUAAUUUGGAUCCAAACAAAGCGAUAUUAAAUUCGUGGAAGUCAUUGAGUGUGUUCUAUGAGUCAUUUGUCAGAAUGGCAAGCUCGAUAUGGACCCUACAUAAGUUGGCCUUUUCGUUUGAUCCCAUAGUUGAAAUUUUUAAAGUUGAGAAAGGGGUGGAUUUCUCGAUGGUGUACAUGGAAGAUGUCACAAGGAGAUGUAUGUUGCCAGGUAAAACUAGAGCAAAGGUGGGGUUCACAGUGGUUCCGGGUUUUAAAAUCGGCAGGACAGUAAUUCAGUCUCAGGUUUAUUUAAGUGGCUUGAAAUGUACAGAAUAGUGAUCCAUGGUUCUGCUGUUCAGGAAAUCGUGGCAAUCUAGUAGACACGAAAAUUUUAUUCGGUUAUCCGAAAGAGGCUGCUUUGGUUUUGGUUUACAGGCUUGGCAGAAAUUCAAUGUUUGGAGUUUACAAAUUGAAGAAUGCAUGCCUCUGUCACUCUACUUGAGAAGAAAACUGCAGGAAAUACACAGAUAUCAGCUUCUUGCUAUGCUGCUUUAGGAGGUACUGUGGUAUUGCAGCUCUUUUGGCUAUCAUGUGAUAUGUAGCUGUGGUUCCAUCUGGUUUGCAUAUGUGGUUUUCCUUAUUUAUGCUGUUAAGUCAUAUGUAGAGAAAACUGUAUAGGGUCCUUUUCCUUUUCUCCCCCCCUUUUUUUUAGGUUCAUCUGACACAAAUACAUCAUGAAAAAUUUGUAUCUUAGUCACCCUAACAAAUAAUUAUAGUGUUUCGACUUUCAAUUGUAAAUUUUUAAUGCACCGACGAAUGAUUUCACCAGUAAGUGUGGGAGAUAGUUGUUACAUACUUCUAAGAAAAAAUUGUCAUGGUGUGAAUGGCAGAAGAAAUGUUGCAUUCCCAUCACCUUGUCCCCAUUCUGUCUGUCUGUGAUGAAGGGGCUCAGAUGUUGGACCCCCUGUGUUGUCUUUUCCAGUUGGCUUAUUAUGCUUGAUGAUGCACUUUGCCUUCGAGCAUCUACUUAUAUCAUAGUUGUUGUUUUAUAUCAACCACCUGUAUUGUAGAGGGAAUGGGAAUGACUACUAAGUUCGUUUCUCUAUUCUUUGGAUGUUUGUAAAGAAUGGAAAGGAAAGUGAAAUUAGUAGUAUUUCUUGUUUGGAGGCAUUUUCGAAGGA